AUGACGGAAGCUCUCGAGGAACUCGAACCGGUCGUAAGCGCCAAUCAGUCUCUCGAUUCUAGCAUCUCGCGUCCCGACACUUCUGCGCUCUCUAUGUCGCAGCUUCCGCAAAUUCGACUACCGCCGUUCGACGGGAAUUAUGCCGAGUGGGAAAACUUUCGCGACCGAUUUACCGCUCUGAUCAUUAAGAAUAAGUCUCUUAGUGACUUCGCGCGCAUGCACUACCUCGCGUCUUCCUUAAAGGGUCGAGCCCUUGAUAGUAUUAGCAAUAUCGCGGUGACAUCAGAUAACUUCAACAUUGCUUGGAGCGCCUUAACGACUCGUUUUGAAAAUAAACGGCGCCUCAUUGCAUCUCACUUCUCGUCCUUGCUGGGAUUAACCGGAGUCGCUCGUGAGUCCGCCUCCGAGUUGCAGGCUCUCUGCGACAAAAUUAAUAUUGCCGUCGCGUCACUUAAAGGCCUCAAUCGUACACCAAGUGAUCUUUGGAACGACUUUCUUGUUCAUUUGUUAUCGCAAAAAUUGGACCCUUCUACUCGGAAGUCAUGGAAUUUAAAGACAAGCGACGCGGAAACCCCUCCGACAUACGAGGAGCUCACGCGCUUUCUCGCCACUCGUAUUCGCGCGCUCGAAGACAGCAGUCCCGCGGCGGCAGCGAAACCAACGAAGACAACGAAUCCUCGCGUUCAUGUGGCAAAUGCGUCGGCCACCGCGACGACGGCGUGCCCCCUGUGCAAGGCCCGUCAUUACCUUAGCGCAUGCGUAAAGUUCACCGAGCAGAGUCCGACUCAACGCCGAGAAACUGUCAAGCGCCUCAAGCGGUGUUUCAACUGCCUGAGCGCCGCUCAUACUGUACAAGACUGCAAAAGCCAGUAUACUUGUCGCACUUGCCAGAAGCGACAUCAUACACUACUCCACGUGGACUCGGAUUCUGCCUCGAGUGUCGUCUCAUCCCCCGCGCUUGCAACGCAGUCCGCGCAACCGAGCGCUGCGUCCAAUGAUGUAACGUCACUGCUCGCGUCCGCGACGACUCGCGAUCGGGUUCACGUACUCCUCGCGACCGCGCGCGUUAAGAUCAGUGUAUCCUCUGGGCGUUCUAUCGUAUUGAGAGCUCUCAUUGAUCAGGGCUCAGAGGCGACGUUCAUUUCCGAGUCACUGGCACUGACUCUCCGAGCAAAGCGCAUACGGAUGCCGACUACCAUUUCGGCCGUAGGCGGCGUCAAACUCGGAUCU